GAAUAUGUUGCUGCGCAUAUGGAUUCAGAUUUACAAUUUGUUUUGGCAGAUUCUGGCGUCUCUUUGGAGGGACAGGUUGCCAUUGCUAGGAGGUUGCGUAAAGAGGCUUGCAAGAUGAUUGUCAGAGAUGGUAUCUCAUUUGCCGAUGCUUUGCACCGGGUGAUCCAUGACCCGGAGCUCAAGGUUCUCUAUUUGUUUGCUGGGAAGCGGCGGCAAUCGGAUGUCAGCACUUUCUUGAAAAAGCUGGAGGAAGCUGGAAAGAUUCGAUUGCAGUUGCAGGAAUUUGACAUCGAACGUUCUGAGACACAUGAUUUGCGAAGCAAAGAGCUGUGGGACCAGAUAUGUGAGACACUCAAGGUAUACCCUGAGAAAGUGAAGCAUAGAAAACUUGAUGACUCCGAGUUCAAUCCCAUUGCAAACAACUAUCAAUCAGCUCAGGUCUCAUCCACUGAGUUGGAAGCCAAGUUCAGAGAAGAGGAGGCAUUGGGGCGCAUGUACCCGACCAGGUUUUCUACGUUGAAGCAGGAGUUUGGUGAAGAGCGUAUCAGGAUUGCUGCCAUGGCUGCGAUUGCCAAGCCUGACGGCACCGUCAGGCCACUACAUGAUGGUACACAUUCAGUUCAAGUUAACAAUCGCAUUGUUUACAGAGAUCAGAUACAAUGCCCUGGACCUGCUGAAGUUGCGGCAGUGGUGAGGGAAUCUGUUGAAACCUUGGAAGCUCCCUUUUGUGUGUCGGCAGACAUUAAAGCGGCACACAGACAGAUGCAAAGUGCACUGAUACUUCAGUUGUCCUUGGUGGAUGGGAAAUAUCAACUGGUCGAUGGUUCCAGCUUAUUCUGUCGGAGUCCGACGUGCCAUAUUUAUUUUCACAUGGGAAGGGGUCACAGUGGGCCUCAACUUCGGCCGAGUUAUUGGCGACACUUGCAGCAUUAG